AAGACAUUUUUCUGUGGUAGUGCUUCUUUGGGUUUUGACUGCAGAAUGUCUGUCCAUCUUCUGUUAGUGUUGAUUGUGGCAGUUGCUGCUGCUGCCCAGUUAACUGAAGGGGAUGCUGCAGUGUUUUUGGACGAAUUUGACAAGAACGCUACCCAUCUGACGUACCUGAACUCACUGGCAUCAUGGGAAUACAAUACUAACAUUACUGAGGAAAAUGCAAAAAAGAUGAAUGAAAUGGGAGUUCAGUGGUCAGAAUUCUACACCCGAGUAUCAGAAGAAUCCAGCAAGUUUAAUAUAGAGCAAAUGGCAGACAAAAAAAUUAUUUUGCAGCUACAACUACUUCAAGACAAAGGAUCAGGAGUCUUACCAAAAGAUAAAUUUGACCAUUUGAAUAAAGUCCUAAGUGAGAUGAGCACCAUCUACAGCACUGGGACCGUGUGCAAGGUUGAUGACCCUUUCGAUUGUGAAACUUUAGAACCAGGUCUUGAGCACACUAUGGCUACAAGCACUGAUUACUACGAGCGGCUGCAUGCCUGGGAGGGCUGGAGGGUUGCAGUGGGGAAGAAAAUGAGACCACUCUACGAAGACUAUGUGGACUUGAAAAACGAAGCGGCAAAACUCAACAACUACAAAGAUUAUGGGGACUAUUGGAGAGGAAACUAUGAAGCUACAGAUGAUGCAGUUUACGCUUACACUCGAGACCAGCUUAUGGAAGAUGUCCGACGCUUAUAUCGGGAGAUAAUGCCUUUGUAUAAAGAGCUCCAUGCUUAUGUGAGAGAUAAACUACGUGAAGUAUAUCCAGGACACAUCAGCCCAAAUGGUGGUCUUCCAGCUCAUUUACUGGGUGAUAUGUGGGGCCGAUUUUGGACAAACCUAUACCCUUUAUCAAUCCCCUAUAAAAACAAAGAGGAUAUUGAUGUGACAUCUGCCAUGGUCAAUCAGGGCUGGACGGUGCUGAGAAUGUUUAGAGAAGCAGAAAAAUUCUUUAUGUCUGUUGGCCUGUAUAAAAUGUAUGACAAUUUCUGGAAUGAGUCCAUGCUGGAGAAACCUGAUGAUGGGAGGAAGGUGGUGUGCCACCCAACGGCCUGGGACAUGGGCAAUGGAAAGGACUUCAGAAUCAAAAUGUGCAGUAAGGUGAACAUGGAUGACUUCCUGACAGUUCACCAUGAGAUGGGACACAACCAGUACCAGAUGGCAUAUUCCAAUUUAUCCUACCUGCUUAGGGAUGGUGCCAAUGAGGGCUUCCACGAGGCUGUAGGAGAGAUCAUGUCUCUGUCUGCUGCCACCCCAAGCCACCUGCAAGCCCUGGGCCUUCUGCAACCAGACUUUAAAGAAGACAAUGAGACAAACAUAAACUUCCUGCUGAAACAAGCCCUGACGAUUGUGGCUACGCUGCCUUUCACUUACAUGCUGGAGGAGUGGAGGUGGCAGGUUUUCCAAGGCCAGAUCCCGAAGAACGAGUGGAUGAAAAGAUGGUGGGAAAUGAAGAGAGACCUAAUUGGUGUGGUCGAGCCUGUGCCCCGAGAUGAAUCCUACUGUGACCCUCCUGCUCUGUUCCACGUGUCGAACGACUACUCCUUCAUCAGGUACUUCACAAGAACCAUUUACCAGUUCCAGUUCCAGAAAGCUCUGUGUGAUGCAAAAGGACACACUGGACCUUUAUAUAAGUGUGACAUAACCAACUCCACAGAGGCAGGUGCAAAACUGAAGGCAAUGCUUGAGUUAGGAAGAUCAGAGUCAUGGACUAGAGCCCUGGAGAAAGUGGCUCAAACAAACAAGAUGGAUUCCAAACCUCUGCUGGAGUACUUUGAUGAACUAUACAGAUGGUUACAAAAUCAGAAUCAAGAGAACAACAGGAAUAUUGGCUGGGACAAAGCAUGGGACCCAUAUUCAGAGAAUGCAAUAAAAGUUAGAAUCAGCCUGAAGACAGCAUUGGGUGAUGAAGCAUACUCGUGGAAUGAAAAUGAAAUGUAUCUCUUCAAAGCAACAAUGGCUUUUGCCAUGCGUCAGUAUUACCUGCAAAAGGGGCAGGCACUCAACUUUGUGUUGGAAAAUGUCUACACAUACAACGAAAAGCCAAGAGUCUCCUUCUACUUUAUUGUCACUGCUCCUGACAAUAAUUCAACAAUAAUUCCCAAAGGAGAUGUGGAGGCGGCAGUGCGGCUGUCCAGGAACCGCAUCAAUAGUGUGUUUCUACUAGAUGACAAAACUCUAGAGUUUGAGGGUCUCCCAGCAACAUUAACACCACCUCAAGAGCAGCCUGUGACUGUGUGGCUUGUUGUGUUUGGGGUGAUCAUGGGUGUGGUUGUGGCUGCUGCAGCAUACCUGAUUAUAUCUGGAUUCCUGAACAGGAAGAGAAAUUCGAAGAUCCACAAAGAAAGAGAGGCACCAGAAAACCCCUACGGAAGUGUCAAUCAGACCAAUGGAGUGACAAAUGUAGCGUAUUCUGACGAAGAUAAUCACACGGGAUUGUAAAUCUCUACCUUUUCAAGAUCAACAGAUUGCAGAGUAGCUGAAUACAGCAAUUCCACCUACUGUACAAAGCAGUUUAACACAAGUUUUUAAUAUCAAAGUACAGUAUGUACAGGUAGUUCAGGCAAAUGGGUAUACAGUACAAGCGUUAUAGAAAAAAACAUUGAUUUUAAAAUGAAUGAAAGCCAUACUUAACUUAUAACAUCUAAAGAAUUCAAUAAACAGCAUAUAGUCGUAAA